CUGCCAUACCACGUAGUAGCCCGAGGUACCUUACUUAGGUAACCUAACCUCGAUAAAGACGUCGUCUUCUCGUCUCGAGCUUCCCCCUAUUCUCUUUCCCUCUCUCUCUCUCGUUCGCCGCAAAUCGCCCAACAACAGCAAUAAAUUCUCCAUCCUCUCCUCCCGCCAUUGAUUUACCUCUCGACACUGCCUUAUUCUCCUAAAACCUCACAGCGUCACAGCCGCCGUCACCAUGGCCUUCCCCGCCGGUGGCACUCUGCUCGACACCUUCAAGAAGUCCUUUGUCGACGUGCCGGUCGACGCCAGCAACGACAAUGCCAUUUCUACCACCGAGUUCCUCGAGGCUGCCGAGUCUCUAACCACCAUGUUCGACGUCCUCGGCUCCGUCGCCUUCUCCCCCGUCAAGUCUGACAUGUUGGGCAACGUGAAGAAAAUUCGCGACCGCCAGCUCGCUGCCCCGGCCGAAUCCGAAACUCUCCAAGCCCUCGUCCUCAAUGAGCUCAAGACCAGGAAGCACACCGCCACCGAGGGCCUUCUUUGGCUGGUUCGCGGACUGGAAUUCACCUACCUCGCCCUGAGCCAGAACCUAGCCCAGGAAGGCGAGGAACUGUCCACCUCGUUCCGAAAUGCCUACGGCUCCACGCUCAAGCCUCACCACGGCAUCCUCAUCAAGCCCGUCUUCUCCGCCGCCAUGAGCGCCUGCCCCUACCGCAAGGAUUUCUACCCCAAGUUGGGAGACGACCACGCCAAGGUUUCGGUCGAGCUGAAGGCCUACCUGGACGCACUCGAGAGGAUUGUCGGCAUACUUAAGGAGUUCCAGGGGCGGAAGGAGGCUAAGUGGUGAUUACGUGGCCGAAA